AUGGCGCUCGGGCUGCGGCUGCGGCUCCGGCUCCGGCUCCGGCUCCGGCUCCUGCCCGCUCUCUGCGCCGCCGCCGCCGCCCUGCUGGCGCUGCCGCCGCCCGCCGCCCCGCGAAGGCCGCGCUGCGGGCCGCCCUGCAGCUGCUGGCGGGAGUCGGCGCUGUGCGUGGGGGCUGCGGGGGCACCGCGCAGCCUGCCCGCCGGCCUGGGCUCCCUGAGCCUGGUCAACGGGACCUUCUCCGAAGUCAAGGACAGGAUGUUUUCCCACCUGCCCUCCCUGCAGCUGCUCUUGCUGAACUCCAACUCCUUCACUGUUAUACGAGAUGAUGCCUUUGCUGGUCUCUUCCAUCUAGAAUACCUAUUUAUUGAAGGAAACAAAAUUGAAACCAUUUCAAGAAAUGCAUUUCGUGGCCUUCGUGACCUGACUCACCUUUCUUUGGCCAAUAACCAUCUCAAAGCUCUGCCAAGGGAUGUCUUCAGUGAUCUAGAUUCUCUAAUUGAACUAGAUUUAAGGGGAAAUAAAUUUGAGUGUGACUGCAAAGCCAAGUGGCUGUUUUUGUGGUUAAAGAUGACAAAUUCCACAGUUUCUGAUGUCCUGUGUAUUGGUCCAGCAGAAUAUCAGGAUAAGAAGUUAAAUGAUGUGACAAGUUUUGAUUAUGAAUGCACCACUACAGAAUGUCAGUGCUCUGCCAUUUUUCUAGACAGUAAUGUCAAAGAUUUUGUUGUCCACCAGAUUUUGCCCUACCAGUCCGUUUCAGUGGAUACGUUCAACUCAAAGAAUGAUGUGUUUGUAGCUAUUGCACAGCCCAGCAUGGAGAACUGCAUGGUGCUGGAGUGGGAUCACAUUGAAAUGAAUUUCAGGAGUUACGACAAUAUCACAGGUCAGUCUAUAGUGGGAUGUAAAGCCAUUCUUGUUGGUGACCAAGUCUUUGUGGUGGUGGCACAGCUCUUUGGUGGCUCACACAUUUACAAGUUUGAUGAAAGCUGGACGAAGUUUGUCAAAUUCCAGGAUAUUGAAGUAUCUCGCAUUUCCAAGCCAAAUGACAUCGAGCUUUUUGAGAUAGACAGUGAAAUGUUUUUUGUCAUAGCAGAUAGCUCUAAAGCAGGUUUGUCAACAGUGUAUAAGUGGAAUAACAAAGGAUUUUAUUCGUAUCAGUCUCUUCAUGAGUGGUUCAGGGACACGGAUGCUGAGUUUCUUGAUAUAGAUGGGAAAUCACAUUUAAUUCUCUCUAGCCGUGCCCAGGUGCCCAUUAUACUCCAGUGGAACAAAGCCUCCAAAAAGUUUGUCCCACACAGUGAAAUCCCCAACAUGGAAGAUGUCUUGGCUGUGAAGAGUUUCAGGAUGCAAGAUGACCUUUACAUCACACUCACAAGAUUCAUUGGUGACUCCAGAGUUAUGAAAUGGAAUAGCAAACAGUUUGUGGAGAUACAGGCUCUUCCAUCCCGAGGAGCAAUGACACUGCAGCCUUUCUCCUUCAAGAACAAUUAUUACCUAGCCUUGGGAAGUGACUACACAUUCUCCCAGAUUUACCAGUGGGAUGGUGAAAAGAAGAUAUUCAGAUUAUUUAAAGAAAUCUACGUGCAAGCACCACGGUCUUUCACAGCUGUGUCAACAGAUCGAAGAGAUUUUUUCUUUGCCUCUAGUUUUAAAGGAAACACUCAAAUAUUUGAACAUAUCAUCAUUGACUUGAGUUUAUGA